AUGUCAACGUACUUCAACAUAUUAUACAAGGAGAGGGGGAGUCAAAGUUUCAUUUGCCUGACACAUCUGAUAAAUAUAUACUAUAAAUACUUUCUGAGCUGCAAAUUAGUCUAAUGCUAAAGGAAAGCAAAAGAAACUGAUUAGGAUUUUUAUUUUCAGUAGAUAACUUUAAAUCGGUUACAAUAACUAAUACAUCAACAACUACAAUGAGUAAAGAAAUCAACUCUGAAGAAAUAAAAAAAGAAAUUGAAAGUAAUUUUAAACAAUAUUUCGGCAAAGAUGGAGAACCUAUGUCUGUUUAUCAAUAUAAAGGACACAAUAUUUUGAAUCUGGACAUGGCAUCGUCAGCUUUAUCGAAACUACAUACGGUGAAAAUUAGACCUGAUGAUGUUUUGAUGCUUUCCUAUCCUGCAGCAGGGUCACAUUGGGUGUUUGAAAUCGUUAAUAUGAUAUUGACAGGAAACAAUGAAAGGGUUCCCUUGAUAAAAGAAGACAUGUUAUUAGAUUGUGCACCUGCUGAAAUGCUUGAUUCCUCUAAAUCCCCUCGAUUCUUGAACUCGCACCUUCCUCCUAAACUUCUGCCUCCAGAAUUGCUAAAGGAUCAUAAAAUUAUCUUCCUCAACCGUAACCCGAAAGCUAUGCUGGUGUCGUUCUACAGACAUAUACAAGACAUUUCGUUGUUGGACUACAAAGGAGAUCUUCCAAGCUAUUUUGACCUUUGGAUAGAAGGAGAAGUUCCUUAUGGUGAUUACUUUAAAUAUGUUCAGGAAAUUUAUGCUCUAUGUAAAGAUAACCCAAAUGCACGUAUCAUAACUUACGAAGAAAUAAAAGCGGAUAUGUCCAAAGCAGUGUCACGUGUUGCUAAAUUCUUGGGGAAAACAAUUUCUGACCAACUUACAGAGGGUAUUGUUAGUAUGUGUUCAUUUGAUAAAAUGAAAUCUGAGAAAAAAAUGACUGAUUCGUAUUUACCCAAAGAUUUGAUCGGAGAAGGUGGUACUGUCUACCAUUCUGGUAAAAUAGACACAUGGAAAAAAUGGUUAACGGUGGAACAAAGUGAAAGAAUCGAUGCAAGGAUUCAAUCAGAAUUCUCGGAUCAAGGAAUCAUCUUUAAUUUUUAACUCAUGCAUUGACGCAAGAAAUUUUCAAGUCAAGUAAAGUUAUACAAAAACAUAUAUUGCCAGUUCAGCCUUCUUUAUUGGCUCGACGAUAAUUUCUUAAGCUCUACGUCCUUAUAGUGUAGUUUUUAAUCAAUAAAUUUCAGUAAAACAAAAUUCACAUUUA